AUGAAACAGACCAACUCGGGAACUGCCAACACAGCCGAAGUUUGCGGAAACGACGACAGUGCUGUCAAGAAGUCAUGCCGAGUGUGGUUGGUGUCCGCUUGGAUAGCGUUUAGCUUUGUCGCCGUCCUGGUCAUUGCACUGGGUGUGCCUGCGUUGUGUUUGUUCAGAGCGAACGCCCUUGAAAGUAAAGUUGCGAGCUUGGAGGAGCGCACGUGCCAGCUCAAAGUCCGGAGAGAUGGCCAGGCGGCUGACCAGCUCUCAUUGGCCUUCCUCGCAGCGAUACGGCGAAGACGGCGGCGCGACGUCGAGCCUGCCUGCCUGUGUCCUCCAGGUACGCCGGGACGGCGAAGAAGGCGCGGAGCGAAGGGCGAAAUAGGAGAACUCGGUCCUCCCGGUCCGCCAGGGCUCCCGGGAAAAGCAGGCUUUCCGGGUGCAAUAGGCAUCGACGCGAAAGGCGAACCCGGUCCGAUGGGACUGCCCGGCAUUGCAAGGCCGAAGGGCGACAGGGGAGACAAAGGUGAAGGCGUAGUCGUGCGAUCCACUAAAGGCAUGAAAAGGUCCGUCACGCGGCUGCAUGGUGGCACACUUGGAUACACGGAAGUUAUAGCCAUGAAAGGAGCGCCGGGUGAACCGGGUCCCCCAGGCUCUCCAGGAUUGCCCGAUUUCGACGGACGAACGGGACCGCCUGGGGAAGUGAGACUCCCGGGCCCGAAAAGCGACAAGGGAGACCACGGCUUCGUCGGCCUGCCUGGAGACCCCGGCGUGGGCCCACCCGGCUCACCUGGUCAGAAAGAUGAGCCGAGUUUGGAAGGACCACUGGGGCUGAGGGGUGAAAAGGGAGAUGAAGGGAAAAAAGGUAAAAGGGGUCGCAUUGGCAUUUUUGGGAAGACAGCAGCGAAGGACGAAAGGGGUGACCUCGGACUGAAGGGCGAACUUGGAGUACUCGGUGAGAAAGGAGAAAAGGUCAGUUUUGAGAAGCAGGCCCUUCUGGUGAGCAAGGAGAAGUAG